GCUAGUCCGUACGACCACUCUCAUUUUCACUCUCUCUCUCUCUCUGUAUAUCUUCUUCUCUUCAUCGUCCUUCUCUCGUAUCCGCCAUUGUUUCGUUCUUCUCCUCCAAAAUCAUCCGAUUCCUCUCUCAACAACUCUCAGUUCAUAUUCAAUUCUAAGUGUUUUACCUCCUGACGAUGGAAUUUAUUCAGUUCCCACAUUUCGAAACCCUAAUUUUCUGAAUCUGUGUUCUCUGCUUGAAUUGAUUCUUGUUUCUUACUUGUCUUGUGUUUGUUGACUGUGAGAUGGAUGUGACUGCUAAUGGCGGCGAUUCCGGAUUGGCCUCCGGAAGUGAUAGUUCUCAUCCGACGGUGCCGGCUCCUAUUACUAAUGUGAACGCGCCUCCGCCGUUUCUGAGUAAGACAUAUGAUAUGGUGGAUGAUCCGGCUACCGAUGCAGUUGUGUCCUGGAGCUCUACGAAUAAUAGCUUUGUGGUUUGGAACCCGCCGGAAUUCGCUAGGGAUCUUUUGCCCAAAUAUUUCAAGCAUAACAACUUCUCCAGCUUCGUCAGGCAGCUCAAUACCUAUGGCUUCAGGAAAGUUGAUCCAGAUCGUUGGGAAUUUGCUAAUGAAGGCUUCUUAAGAGGUCAGAAACACCUGCUUAAGAGUAUUACUCGGCGAAAACCUGUCCAUGGGCACAGUCAGCAGCAAUCACAGCAGUCUCAUGGACAAAGUACGUCUGUUGGAGCUUGUGUGGAAGUUGGUAAAUUUGGUUUGGAGGAAGAGGUUGAGAGGCUUAAAAGAGACAAAAAUGUACUCAUGCAGGAACUUGUGAGAUUGAGGCAGCAGCAACAGACUACUGACAACCAGCUGCAAACUAUGGUACAGCGUCUACAAGGGAUGGAGCAGCGACAGCAGCAGAUGAUGUCAUUUCUUGCAAAGGCUGUGCAAAGCCCUGGCUUUUUGGCUCAAUUUGUGCAGCAACAAAAUGAAAGUACUAGACGCAUAAGUGAAGCUAAUAAAAAGCGAAGGCUCAAGCAAGAUGGUAUUGUUGAGUCUGAGCAUUCUACUGUUCCUGAUGGGCAAAUUGUGAAGUAUCAACCUCUCAUGAAUGAGGCAGCAAAAACAAUGCUGAGGCAGAUAAUGAAAAUAGAUACUUCGCAAUCGGAACCUGUGAACCUCAAUACCGACAGUUUCCUAAUUAAUGAUGGUUUGCAAUCGUCGUGUGCAGCAAUGGACAAUGGGAACUCUUCCAGUUCUAUAUCAGGUGUGACUCUUCAAGAGGUACCUCUGACCUCAGGGCCAUCAUCUUUCAAUUCAGCUGCUUCUGGUGUUGCUCCUCAUGGCCCCUCAACAGCCAUGUCGGAAAUUCAAUCGUCACCCCAAGCUACAACUUCAGACAAGGUUUCAACUUCUCCUUUUGCUGUUAAUGCUGUACGGGGUCCAGGGGCACGAGAAGCUUCUUCCCUGUCAGUUUCCGAGACAGAUGUAAUCAUGCCUGAGCUUUCCCAAAUAUCUGAAAUGGUGUCUGAGAACAUUAUUGAUGUUCCUGAAGUAGAUUAUAGGGUACCCGAGGCAGGAAAUGCUGCAUUUAUAAGUCCAAGUUUGUUGGAUGUCGAUGGAACUAUUCCCUUAGAGAUUGAUAGCAUGUCCCCUGAUGCUGAUAUCGAUGCCUUACUAGCGAAUUCCAACUUCUGGGAUGAUUUGCUCGUGCAAAGUCCAUGUCAGGAGGAGGAGAUUGACUUUAUGGUAGGAGGAGGAUUACCAAAGACGAACGAUAUGCAGCCAUUGGAAAACGCUUGGGACAAAUCUAGACAUGUGGAUAAACUUACAGAACAGAUGGGCCUUCUCACUUCAGAAAUUAAAAGGGUUUGAACUUGAUCAAUUGAGGUUGCCUUUCGGUGGUCGUGUAGGGAAGACGCUCGUUGGAUUAUCUCCCUUUCAUAUCUUUUGUCUACUUAUCAAACAAUGUGGCUAGAAUUAUGGGUAAGAUCUGUAAAUACUAUACACGAUGAUGUUAACAGUUAUAUCUUGCUCGUAGUCUGAAAAAUUUUAAGUUCGGCUUCUCGGAUAAAAAGAGAAGAAAUAGAAAGGUUAAGGGUAGUAUUACCUACAGUGAUGGGUUGCUUUGGAGGCAAGUAUAUCAAUUUUGGUUGAUGCCAAUUGUGUUUCUAAUGUAUGAGAACUCCGUUAAUUCUAGUAUUGCACCAAUGGCGGACUGCUAGCGAAUGAUAUUAUUAGUGCAUUUGGCCUUGCAUGUAAUCUAGAUAGGCACAUGCAAACGGGUCUGUUCAUCCGCUAACUUGGAUUGUUAAUCAAGAGAAUCUCUCUAUUACAAUGGAAUAGAAAGAACAGUCCGGUUGAAUCGAUUUUGAA